AAGAAGUUAAGACCUUGGAGGUGGCGAAAAAUAGUUUUAGGACCGGUCCACAGAGACACAGCUCCCACUGGAGGAUGCUGUGUCCUGACAUUCCAUCGCCGCAGACAUCAUUCAUCAGAGGCACAUAGGGUGUUUCGCGCGGCAGCCAUGGCGGUGUCCCUUGCGCAUUUCGAUGAUGAGUGGCACGAUUUUAAGGAAUUUGAGCCGAUUUCAGAGCAGGGGACUCGGAUGGACCGAGUAAACUUGGUUGUCGAGCAGGUGACAGGCGUGCUGAAGGUCCUUCCAGAGCUCAACAACAGCUUUUCGGGCGAAAUAGGCAGCUUAAAGUCCAUGGAAGAUCUGGUGAACAAUUUCGACGAUAAAUUGACAGUGUGUUUCCGAAAUUUCAACACCAAAACUGAGAACAUUGCCCCUGUAAACAUUAUCACCGAGGAUACAACACUGAGGAACGACGAGAUCUGGAAUGCUCUUGCAGAUAAUUAUGGUAAUGUCAUGGCAGUGGACUGGAAACAGUCUAGAACGCGCUCCCUCCAUCUCCCCAGUCUAAACCUCGAAAACAAACCAAGGGUGGAUGAUGUAACACUGGAGCUGUCCGACGAUGAGGAGCUGAGGGAACAGAUGGACAUGCACACCAUCAUCGUCUCCUGCCUCAAUGACGAACCCCUCUUCACCGCAGAACAGGUUAUUGAGGAGAUAGAGGAGAUGAUGCAGGACUCUCCUGACCUGGAGGCAGAGCAGAACCACCCCUCUCAGUCAGACGUCUCCAUGCUCUCUCUAGACAUCCAGCGCUCCAGAACAAACCACAGCUAUGAAGAGCGAGAGAAAACUCUGUGUGUAUCAGAGCUGAAUGAGCGGCUAGAGGAGGUGGAGACGGCCAUCAGACGUUACAGUGAGGAGCUGAUUCAACACCUGGCCCUCAGGGACGAACUGGACUUUGAAAAAGAGGUGAAGAACAGCUUCAUCUCUAUCCUGAUAGAUGUGCAGAACAGACAAAAGGAACACAAGGAACUACUGAAGAAAAAGAAAAAACUCAAGAGUGGUGCCGGGGCCCCGCAGGGCCGACCAGAGAGAACACAAGCACUAGGAUCACGCUUCAGCAUGGAGGGGCUCUCCUCUGCCAUUCAAAAUGGCUUCCGGCAAACUUUUGGGAGUGGUGGCAUUGAAAGACAGUAUCUGACCACAGUCAUCCCAUAUGAGAAGAAAGGAGGUCCUCCAUCGGUGGAAGAUCUUCAGAUCCUGACCCAAAUCCUGCAAGCUAUGAGAGAUGACAGUGACAAGGUGCCCAGCCUUCUGACAGACUACAUUCUCAAAGCUCUGGUGUGAGAGCCAUGGACAGAGAGGUUUGUGACACACAUUCAGACACUGUACUGUGUGGUGUAGCUCACUCAUUGCGUGAGAGCACCCCUAGUGGCCACUGAGCUUUAGUGUAAUGUAACCAUACCCUGCCGUUGUGUCCUGUCACUGCCCUGCCCCACCCCACCCCUCACUGUCACACUACUGCUGUUUAGGGUAUGGUAGACCCCGUUGCUGCUCCCGUUGGUGUCACAAAGUUAUCCCUGACCCACGAUCUUGCUUUGCCUAACCCUUCACAUCCUCAAGUGAUCCCAAAUGGACCUUACGGGUUCUACUAAAACGCUCCCUGGGAAUCACUACUUUUACAACCAUUGGAACCGAUUUCUCUUUCUGGACUCACUGAAUACUAAAUGGCUGUAUUGGCAUAUUGUGUAUUGUUGCCGUAUCUAUUUCAAGUGUGUUUGGAUUCCUUAACUGUUUUCCUGAUCAAACCUAGAUACAGGUACUUGGUUAUUUUAUUUCUCCUGUUUUACUAUUUCAUUCCUUUUUCUCCACCCAAGCCUGUUCUAUUUCUUACUUUGUAUUUUCCCGUAGUAGCCUAACUGGCAUUCACACCUAGUCCCAGCCAUACUCAUUAAUGUGUUUUUUCCACAGUGCUUUGCCCAACAUAGACUGGAAGGACGAUAACUGACAUUUUGAUAACGAGGUGAGGGAUCUGGUUUCAAUGUCAACAAGCAAAAUGAAGAGGACUUGCUCAGAGUAUAAAAAAUAAAAACAUGAGCACACUUAAUUUAUUCUUAAUGAUGCAUGGUAUUUUACCUCAAGUUGCUCCUUUUUAUGUAACACCCAUAGAUGUUUUAUAGCUCAUUCAGUUUUAUUUUCUCCGUGUUGAGCAUGGUGAUUUCACAAACCUUGUGUAUUUGACUACUUCAAGUAUUUUUUUUAAUUGUUUUUACUUUAAGUACAGUGUAAAAUUCAGUACCCAAAGUCAUAAGAAAGAUACUCAUACAUUCUAGUGCUAGCAUCUACUGUAUGUGGCUGAUAUCAACAGCCUUUUGGAUGAUAGGGAGCCUUACAUUUUUGCCCUGAAGUAAGAUCGAAGCUACUCAUAUCCAAAGGUUUGUGUCUUAAUUGGAUUAACCUAAUCUGAAGGUCUCAGAAACAACUGAGCUACACUCCACAGCACUUGUAAUAUCAGGGAUAUGAAACAUUUUAGGUUAGUUUAAAAGUGCUUAAAUACAUUUCAUUAAUAAAAUAAACCUUGAACUAAAUACUAACAUUUUUCUACACAACUCAGUCCACCAUUUGGCCUCCCUAAAAGCACUGCACAUAUAUUUUUUAGUCAUAGCUAAAUACUGUAGUAGUACCAUUAUUGUCAUACUUAGAAGGAAUUGCAAAGGUAUGUGAACAGAACUGUAAUUAAUUACAGAGCACUGAUGUGACUACUAGCUAUGCAUUUGAGUAAAUAAUGACUCACUGAAGCCCUGAAUCAGAGGCACCAUGCAGCCCAGACCUGGCCAGUCUGUGAAGGCUGUGCACAUAAGCUGGGCAUUAUUAUAUUUCUAUACACAAGAAAUUAAGAUGCCUUUGUAUUUGCCAGAAUUUUUUGUACAUUGACUUAUUUUUAACCAAAUGUUAUACUAAGCUACUUAUCUGCUAAACUAUUAAUUUAUUUUGUAAAUAUUUUAUUUCGAAUAAAUGUAUAAAGUCAAUGAAUAACCCAAUUUAA